GUCAGAUGCCCCAGAUCAGUUCCUCUUCCUCAGAGCCUCAUAAUAUGACAUCCUCAUGACACAAAGAAGAAACCAGCCUGUGUAGACCAUACACUUUGUGUCUGUACAUUUGGCAAGAAGACAAGCUCUGAAAACCUGCAGCAACUGGAAGAUGCCAUGGUUUCUACUCUCACAGCCCUUGCUUAUCUUGGAUUGAUCCUGGGCUCCGAGAACCCAGUCCUGUCAGGUGCCUUCACUAAACCUACAAUAAAGAUGGUGCCAAGCAAUGUGGUAACUACUGGGAAACAGGUGACCAUCUUCUGUGAAGGGUCCUCACAUGCCAAAGAAUACCGUCUCCACAAAGAAGGAAGUCCCGAUUACCUGACACCAACAACCUUUCUGGAAACUGAGAACAAGGCCAAGUUCUCAAUCUCACCAAUUCAAUGGAAUAAUGCAGGACAAUACUGGUGUUCGUAUAGAAGCCUGACUAACAAAUUACGACAAAGUGACAUCAUGGAGCUGGUGGUGACAGGAGUUAUCCUUGGUGAAGUCACACUGUCUGCCCUUCCCAGCUAUGUUGUGACUUCAGGGAGAAAUGUGACUCUUCAGUGUGCAUCACAAGUAGUAUAUGAUAGGUUCAUUCUAAUGAAGGAAGAUGAGAAGUUCUCCACUGCAAUGCCCUCAUGGAAAAUAUACCCUGUACUAUGGGGAGCCAUUUUCACAUUAGGUCCUGUGACCUCAAACCAGAGAUGGAGGUUCACAUGCUAUGGAUAUUACUUGAGUAGCUCUCUGAUAUGGUCAAAGCCAAGUAACCAUUUAGAGCUAUUGGUCUCGGGGACCCUUCACAAACCCAUACUCUGGGCUCAUCCAGGUUCCAUGGUAACAUCAGGGAGCCCUGUGACCAUCUGGUGUGAGGGGGACCAAGAAACACAAACAUAUGUGCUAUAUAGACAGGGAAGCCUAGAGUCCUGGAACAGACAGACCCAAAAGGACUAUAACAAUAAAGCAGAAUUCACCAUCCCAUCUGUGACAUAUUUGAAUGCAGGGCAUUAUUUCUGUUACUCUUACACCUCUGCUGGGUGGUCAGAACACAGUGACACCCUGGAGCUGGUGGUUACAGGAGUCUACAAAAAACCCAUCUUUUUGGCCCUGAAAAACCCUAUUGUAAACUUAGGAGUGACUGUGACCAUCUCAUGUACCUCAAAUCAGAGUUUUAACUGUUUCCUUUUAAUGGAUGAUGAUCAGAAAAUCUACCGAUUCUUUGACUUACAAUACUCAUAUUCUGGAGAAUCUCUAGCCCGAUUUCAAGUGGGUCCAAUAACCUCUAGACAAAGGUGGAGAUUCAGAUGCUAUGGCUAUUAUACAGAUAAUCCUCAGGUGUGGUCAGAAGCCAGCGAUCCAUUGGAUUUCCUGGUCUCAGGGAACCUCCAGAAACCCACCUUGUGGGCUGAGCCAGGUUCAGUGAUUGAAUCAGGAAAUUCUGUGACCAUUUGGUGUGAAGGGACCAUGGAAACUCAAAUAUAUUUCCUGUAUAAAGAAGGAAGCCCAUCAUCCUGGCUCAGACAAACUCCAAAGGAGCCUGGUAACAAGGCCAUGUUCUUCAUUGCAUUCAUGGAAAAGCAUAAUGCAGGGCAAUAUCGCUGUUACUGUUACAAUUUUGGUGGGUGGUCACAGCACAGUGACACACUGGAGCUGGUGAUGACAGGUGUUCACCAUGGCAAACCUACUCUUUCAGCCUUUCCCAGUCCUAUGGUGACCUCAGGUGGAAAUGUGACCCUCUAUUGUGCCUCAUCAACAAUAUAUGAUUGGUACAUUGUGACUGGGCAAGAUUUGAAGUUCUCCAGAUUCCAGAGGGCACAGUUCAUACCCACCGAGAUGUCCCAGGCUCUGUUCUCUGAGAUCUCUGUGGCAUCUAGAAAGAAAGGGCCAUUUAGAUGUUAUGGAUUCAAUGAAAGUACUCCACAUCUGUGGUCAGAGGCCAGUAAUCCUCUGGAGAUACAUGUUUCAGGGGUUUCAAGGAAGCCCUCUCUGCUGAACCAACAAGGCCCUGUUCUGGCCCCUGGAGAGAACCUGACACUCCGGUGUUCCUCUGAGCUCAGUUAUGACAGAUUUUCUCUAUCCAAAGAGGGUAGAAGUGACCUCCCACAGCUCUCUGUCAGCCAGUCACAGACUGGAGAGUAUUAUGCCAACUUCUUUUUAUAUUCUGUGGAUUUCUCUAUUGCUGGCCAAUAUAGAUGCUAUGGUGCAUCCAGAUUUUCUUCUGAGUGGUCAGCCCCCAGUGUUCCUCAAGACAUUCUGGUCACAGGACAUCCUCCUAUUACACCAAGCCUCUCAGUGAAUCCAGGCACCAUUGUGUCCUCAGGAGAGAAUGUGACCCUUCUCUGUCAAUCAUCAAUACCAAUGGACACUUUCUUUCUGUUCAAGAAAGGUGAUGCCUAUCCCUACAUGCACCAAAGAUUAAAGUUCCAAGGUCCACAAUGUAAGGCAGAAUUCUCCCUGAGUGCUGUGACCCCAAACAUUGGGGGUAUCUUUACGUGCUUUGGUUCUCAAAGCUCAUCUCCUUACCUGUUGUCACACCCCAGUGUUCCUGUGGAGAUCAAAGUUUCAGGACUGGCAAAGUACCAGAAGUCUUUGAUAUGGGUCUCCGUAGUCUUCUUCCUACUGUUCUUUGUCCUCACCCUCUUCUUUUUCCUCAGACUCUGGCAUCAGAACAAGCACAGGAAAGGAGUACAGACAAAGAUUGACUUGCAACAUCCAGAAGGAGCUGUAGAGCCAAAGAGCAUUGUUGGACACCUGCAGAAGAGUUCCAGACCAGCUCCUGCCAUCCAGGAAGAAAUCUUGUGUGAGAAAAGAUGGCCUGGGAGGGAGAUAACUGAGGUCUCAGCAUCUGAUGCUACUGUGAAGGUCACAAGGUCUGCAGACAAUGUGGAGCUAGGCAUACUGAGCCAACAUCAGGAUGACCCCUCCAUACACUUGUAUGCCCAGGUGAAACCUGCUAGACUCAGAAGGGCACAGACUACCUCUUCUUCCCUGUUUCCAAAGGAAUUACAGCACUCUAAACACAGACAGAAAAACAGAGACCAAGUCAUAGAUCAGCAGGUGUGUUUUGACUUCUCCAGAUCCCCAGGUUUCCAGUGGCCAACACAAACCUUCUACUUUUUUCUACUUCAGGCUGAUACAUCUCAGGAUUCUCAUGCUGUGAUUUAUGCCCAGCUGCACAUCAUGACACCAAGACAGGGCAGGCAAACUUCCCUCUUUCCGGGAAGAAUAUGCUGAAUUGAGACCCUUCUCUGUUGUCAACCAGUCCAGAGAGAUCUAGAAUCUACAUUCCGUGGGAGAGGAAGGACUCAGCCAUGUCAGAAAAUGAGAUCUGUCACAGGCACACUGUCAUUGUGCAAAAAUAUCUGGUGUCUAGUGUAUUCUGAGAUCUUCAGGGACUCACCUGAUUAUGUAGUCUGAGAUAAGAAAUAUGCCUGCAUGUUUUAAAUAGGGCAAAUGUUUUGUUAGUAACCAAUGCAUAAAAUGAAGAAAGAAAAUAGGACUGAAGGAA